UCUACGCUGCAGAUGUCAUGGGUAUAUCCCCGAGAGGCGACAUGACCGCUACUAGAGUCUGUCUAACCGUUUCAAGUUGGGAUUCAGCGGCUGCACAGAGAUUAUAAAAGGACGGGCUUCAAGUCGAUACAGCACAGCAGCACAGCCAGUGUCUCCUGCUUCCCCAUUCUCUUCGAACAACUCGUCACCGUACGCCCUUUUCUCGCCGUAUCUAGGCCCUCACUUACGUUCGCACGCAGAUGCAGCUCUCCCUCUUUGCGCUCCUUGCUGCCACCAGCUUCGUCAUGGCACGCGCCGCGGCGCCCACGGUGCCCGUGAACGACUGCCCUGCGGUGCCAGCCUGCUUCUUGAACGGCACGAUUACUACCCGGAGCGGGCACGACAUCCCGGCCGAAGAAGUUAUUACCCCAUGCGAUACCUGCCCCGGCACCGAGUGCGGCGAGCCUACCGAGGGCACCAUCGACUACGAUGACGGCAGCUUCACCGGGGACUAUUCUGUACGUGCCUUGUCGUGCUCAAGUUUGCAUGCCGUGUUUUGCUGAUGCAGUGUGUUGUGCGAUCAGUUCUGCGUGCCCACGGAGAACUAAGUGAAGCGAGAGUCGAACGUUGCAGUUCCAAUCGAAGACGGAUGGUCUUUUGAAUGUUUCGCAUAGAUGCUAAGAUGUGGCUUGCGCGCGGAGAUGCAAAGAUUGUAGCGUCCCCUGACCGAAUGGCGUCGGACAAAACGAGAUGCUUGCUCCCCACCGUGCCACUCAGCUGCCUGCCUGCCUGCCCUCGCCUUGCAUCGCAGAAAGGUUAGUCAAAGUGUCGAAGAUAAACCAGUCCAGCCCGCUAUCACAUACAUCGUGCCGCGGUCUCUGUUUACACGUCUUUCGAGCAAGUUUCCCGUCCAACCUUCUCAGGCCGGCAACACCACGGAACCCGUGACAUUCGACCGAUACCUCCACGUCAGUUGCGGCCGGCUCGGCCAGCAGAAAAGCAACGUCGGGGUACAUCGCAGUAUGUUCGCUAUCGUUUGCGAGUUGUGAGUUUGUUUUAUACCUCGUGCCA